GUCAUAUCAUAUGAAUAUGAUUCAGUACAGAUGGAAAAUCGAGUGCGGAUUAUUGAGGUGAAGUAUCUGGAGCCUGAAACGCUUACACUACUGAAAUAUGAGGGACUAUUGGAAAUUGUUCCAAAGAAUCGUUUAUUCAAUGAUUUGUCGUUCAAAGUUAGAAAAUAUAUAGAUGAUAUUGUGCGUAUAGUCGGCAAUUUCCAAGAGAAGGAUGACAAUCUGAGAGAUGUCGUGUAUACCGGCCAUAAUAGUUGGCAAAUGAAACUAGAUAGCUCUGCAAGUCAUAAUUUGAGUGUGGGACUGUUUUCUUACUCUGAAAACCAAAUAGAACUGGGAGAUCCUUGGGAUAUAGCUGAGUGCUACGAAGAGCCGCUAUAUGUUUUCACAACAAUUAUGCUGCAUACUACAACUGGGAACUUUUUGUUGUCCAAUGAACAGAAGAACUCAGCGAGCAGGACUCAGUAUAUUAAUACACUCUCGAAUCGACUGUGGAAAUGUUACGUACGAAAAGGGAAUCAGAGGUACUCCUUCCAGAGAGUUGUCAACGAUGUCUCAAUAUCCACACAAUCAUCACCCGAUCAUUUCAAAUACAUAAUAUAUCCCGACAACGUUCAAUUACAUUUGGUUGCGAGAGGUGACAACGCAUUCUACAUUCAGAUUCGUGACUUCUUCUACAAAGAUGUUUCUACCAAUAAUUAUGUUGAUUAUGUGGGACAGUUGGUGAUCAAAAGGAAAGAGAAUGAGAUGGCUGGGAAAAAGUGGUUAUGUGGUACCAGGUCAUUGCCCGAUUUUGAGCCAGUUGUACAGAAAAUUGCUUAUGAAAAAGCACGUUACACGCUGGACAAUCCAUAUAUGUACAGAUCUGUGAUAAACGAUGAUGGCGUAGUUCUACAGCUUGGUUCCCUCUGGAAAUUCCCAUCACCCACUCUACACGAUACAAUCCAAUGCCGUCCAGAGGGUCAAUCCAUCCCUGAUGAGUUAGCCAAGACGUUCUACAGAACCAGGGCGAAAAGGAUCGGUAAUGAAGCAGCAUCUGGAUUUGAUGUAUUUGAAGAGUUCUUUGAUAAUUGGAAGCAGGAACUAUGGCGAUGUCAGGAACCUGGGAGUCCCGGUGGUUUUCUGAGGAUAGUCAACCAUUUUUCAAUCAAACGAAGUCACUGUGAAAAAAUCAAAGAGUUGAUACACGGUGACGGGUUCACACUGAUGGUGGGCGAUUCAACCUCCUGGAGACCUGACUGCAUUCAAAUAGUCGAGAUCAAAUUCAUUGGCAUCUCCACAAGAAAACACUUCAAAUACGAAGGGAAAGUCAUACUGUUAUCAGAUGAUGGUACAGAAUUGAAAAAUAAAAUUCAAGCUGAACGUCUAAGGGAUGCUGCUAAGAAAGAUUUCUACUAUUUACUCAAUGAAGCGAAGAGAACAGUUUUUAGAAAAUACAUCGGUCAACAGGGACUUGUGCUGGAUAUAAAGGGCGACGUGAUGGAGAAGAUGCCACUCACUAAUCGUAGAUCAAAAUUCAGAUGUGAAAGACUCAGCGAGCAGGUUCAAACAUCAAGACUCAAGGAAAGUUCCAAAUUUGGCAAUAUUCGGCUCGCUAACGAGUUGACAGGAGGUAAAUUGUUGCCGACUGAAGCAAGACUGGAGGACUGCUUCACCUUUACAACUCUGGUCUGGAGUUGCGAGGUGCGUCGAGAUGCUGAGUAAAUACAUUGGUGCGUUUGCGACAAGCCUAUACAGCAGCAAUGAGGAAUCUCUCAGGAUGUGGAUCGACUUUACAGAGGAUGAGCAAAGCAUUACAUCUAACGACCUCAAAAUGGCCAAUCAAAGAUAUUUCAAAUGUUAUGA